AUUCUUAAAGGUAUUCAAUAAGUUGAAUUUCUAAAACAAAGUUUUAUCUUUGGUCCCAUUGCUAUUAAACAUACCUCUCAGCUCUUAUCAAUUACUGAAAAAUUUCUCUCUCACACACACAAACUUUGUUGUUGUUUUUUUGCACUGUAGUUCUCUGACAUUUAGCCAAAUCCACCUGUGCCUAUAGGAGUUCCCCAAAACCAGAAGUUAGAUAUUUACUCAAAGACAUUCUCGUUAUAUGCUGCUAGAAGAAACAUGGAAGAGGGAAGACAUGUCUGUUGUUCCAGGCAGCAGUCAGUCACGCCUCUGAAGAAUGUCAUGUCACCUAUAUAUGUCCCUCCCCCCUCAGCAGUCUUCCAGCUCCAGUACAUGGUAUGCCAUCACCUGAGGCAAAGGUGCUGCAGAAUCUCAAAUUUCUGUAUAUGUCAAGUACAGAUGAACUUGUUGAAUACCUUUCUGAACUUCACACCAGCCCUGUGGUAUCUCAAGUGCUCAUAUUGGAUGAUUUAGAUUACUAUGUCAAUCAGAUACAGUUUCAGGAACAUGGGUCAUCUGAGCAUAGUAUUGCAAUGCUGUUUGCACUUAUCAAGGAUGCAGUCGUGUACAUGAAAUCAAAGCACACUGCGGGCAGUCCUUGUGUUACUUACAUUUCCACACACCAUACAUCAGCACAUCAGCUUGGGAUUUAUAAAAGAUUUACCAAGAAUAUAUGGACGUUGAAUGGCAGUGUGGAUGAAGAUGGAGCCCCAAUCAUGCAGUGCAAACCGUUUUCAUCAGCAGAACCAAUGACAAUUCAUUACUAUAUAACCGAGGAUUGUUUUAGGUUAAAAAAUAUAUGUGUACAAAAAUGACUAGCGAAUGAAAACUGUCAUAUUGGCUGAUAAUUCAAAUCGUGUUACCAAAUUGCAUUUGAAAGUCCUUAUUGGUAACUGUAGAAAUUAUCUUGGGAAAAGAUUUGGUGGACAUCAGAGUUAGUACAAGGAGCUUCUUAGGUUGCAUUUAGAACAGAUGAUCCUCAGAUCUACUGGUCCGCUGACCCUACAUAAUAGCUAGACCGCUUAAUCCCGUAAUGGUGUCUCCACCUCCCACAUGCGUCAUAAUUGGGGCACAAUAAUUAAAUCUUGACUCCAUUCGACAGGUAGUUUUAAUUACUGUGCCCCUGCAUGAACAACGUGCGUGGGAGGCAGAAGGACCAUUACGGAAUUAAACGGUCUUGCUUUCAUAUAGGGUCUGCCAUAUUUAAUCUGCGGAUCAGUAGAUCCGAUGAUCAUCCAUUCUGAAUUUCACCUUACACUUUUGGAAUAGUUCCAGACUUGCAUCUUAACUUCCAGUAUUUUCUAUGAAGCAAUCUCAAAAGUUAACUUUGAAUCUCAAUUUUUUUUCUUUUUUUGCAAGAUUUGGCAGUGUACGUAAACAUGUAUUGAUCAGGUACAUUUCAUGACAUGCUCUGAUCACGAAGAAAAAGAACAGAAUAACUUCACCUUGGUGCCAAAUAUAUCUGUUUAUUUUAUGUAGAGAUGAAGUGUGCAUUGUUCUAAUGGUCUGUGAUAAUAGGUCAGUUGUUAUGUAGGACCCUCAUAUAAAUUUGAUGUGUUCAAGUCCAAGUUUGUGUUUUAGUCAUCAGAAUUUAUUGUACAACGCAUACAGUAAAUGUAUCAUUUGAUCAAAAAUAUUGUAACAGUUUCAUUAUUUAAGUGUCUGUAACUCUCAAUUUGGCAUCAUUGUUUAUAAUUGGUAGUUACAUUUUAUUGAAGUUGACUUUGUUUGGGGGAAAUUAUUCUUAUUCUUCAAUAUACCAGUAUUGUCAGUUUUAUUUUAUUGUUUUUUAUUUUAUUUUUUUGAUUUAUUUUGUUUUAUUUUCUUGUGAUAUUUUGUUGGAAAGAAGUAAAUGUCCUAGAUAUUUUGCUGGAGUACUUUUAACUGAAAAGACCUUUUGGUGAUGUAGGGUUGAGUGCAAGUGUAUGCUAAUAGUAUGUUUGUUUAAUUGAUUAAGUGAAUUGAUCACUAAGGCAUAAUGUAAUGUUAUUUGCCUAGUGCUCAAAUCACUGUGCAAAUAUGCUGGAUUAGCAAAAGUUUAUGUUUUGGAUUAUCUUAUCAGUAAUUAGUCUCCAUAGUUUUAGGCCAGUUUGUAAUGGUUGAGUGUCAAACCAAAUCUUAUUUAUAGCUACAACACACACCUAAGUGGCUUUUGUGAUACUGUCACAUAACAGUUGAAUACAUUGGGAAGUAAGAAAAUACUUCCAUGAAUAAUUUGACAUACAGUUUAAAAAGGAAUAAAUUUCAGGAACUGCUUGGCUGUAAGUGAUUAUUAAAGUAUUGGUUUACUUAUUUCAAGAAUUACAGAUAUUUGUGGAAAUUAUUUACCUCUGUCCAGGAGGCUAUGUUUUCACCUCUGGGUGUCUAUUUGUUUGUCACUUGCCUUACUAAGAAAGUAAUGGAUUUUGAAACUUUAAGAAAAGGCCAGAAAUGAAUAAACUUAAAAUUGAUCAAGGUUUGGUGGCGAUCUGGAUCAUCUGGGUCUAGACAUUUUUAAAACAACUCAUGCCAGUGACCUUGUACCAAAAAUCACCAAAGUUGAGGAGUUGAUAUGCUCUCACCUGCCACAGUUUAUACGUGUUAAGUUCUUGGUGAAGGUCUGCACUCUCAGAGAGCUUUUUUGUUUUUGAUUUUUUUUUGAUUUUUUAAAUAUAAAAAAACAUUUUGUGUGCUACCACCACAACUGCUAUGGAAGGAAAACUGUGUUACUUAUAAUUUUGUAACUUGUUUGGUAACUUAGGAUUGUCAUAUGGCUCAAAUUGGAAAGCCAGCUUGAUUGGAUUAUUCUUUUGAAUUUAUGCAAUUUUUUUUUUCUGAAAUUUUCAUUUUGCUCAUGCUGGCAUUUACAGUGUGUGAAUUUGAACUUUCACAGGUCUGAAGCCUUAUUUAAAUCUAUAUUCCUGACAUCUGUGUUGUGCAUUGGUGUUUACUUUGCUGUUAAGCAUAAUGUAUUACUGCAUCAAAAAUUGACAAAAUAACCCAUUUGG